AGCACUUCUUCUUGCCCUGCCUCCACUCCUGGGGCUUGGGGGCUUGGGCUUGGCAGUGUCGUAGUCCCUCGCCGGGCUUUGCCGAGUCAGCAGGGUAGAGUCCGAGUGAAGCCGAACCGGCACCGGCAUCGCACCACGCCGCGACAACACCGCAAUUGCACUCGCGUCGCUGUGCUGUCGCUGUCAGUCCGCGUCCGCGAGCGCUAGCGCUGCGUACUGUACUGUGGUACUGUAGUCCGAGCGAGAAGCCGGCGGCCAUCCAGCUCCAGUGCCAGGCCUCUCAGAGUCCAGUUGGCUUCCCCGAUCUAGACCAUCUAGACCCCGCAGCACGAUGCGACAGCUGUCGUCCCGCGUCCUGGGCCUGCACCGGCGCCUCGCCGCCCUGUCCGCGGCGUCCGCGUCCUCGUCGUCGCGGUGCCUCAGCAGCGGCCCGAGCCCCGCGGCGUCCACCAGGACCACCAGCACCUCGGGGCAGAGCCUCGUCGUCGAGUCACUGUACGGCAAGGACCUGGCCGCGUCGCACGACACCCUCAUCGAGCACCUGUGGAAGGACUCGUGCGUCUGGGACGACAAGAAGUUCCUGACGUGCGCCGUGUCCGGCAGCUCCUACACCUACAGGGAGGCCCGCCGCCUGACCCAUGGCUUCGCGCGAGCCCUCGCCGGCGGCCUGGGCGGCCUGGAUGCCAAGGGCCAGCGGCUGUGCAAGGGUGACGUGGUGGCCGUGGUCGCCCCCAACACCCCCGAGUUCGUGCUGGCCGCGCACGGCGCCAUCGAGGCGGGGCUCACCGUCACGUUCGUCAACCCCCUGUACACGCCGGAGGAGACGGCCCGCCAGCUGGCCAUCUGCGGCACGCGCUUGGUGCUCACCGUGCCCAUCCUGCUGCCCCUGGUGCGCGCCGUGGCGCAGAAGCUGCCCCAGUACGUGGGCACCGUACUGCUCGACCAGCAGCCCUCAGAGCAGCCCGCCGGCGAGUUCAGCUUCCAGUGCCUGGCCGCGGAGGGCGCCUCCACGGAGGGCGUGCGCCUGCCGCGCAACGCGCCCGAGGACGUGGCCAUCCUGCCCUUCUCGUCGGGCACCACCGGCAUGCCCAAGGGCGUCAUGCUCACCCACGGCCAGCUCGUCAGCAACCUGGAGCAGAACUUGCACCCCGAUUUCCGCUUCGCGCUCUACACCAGGGGUGACGUCCAGGACACGCUGCUCAGCAUCCUCCCCUUCUUCCACAUCUACGGCCUCAACUCGGUGCUGCACACCAGCAUGCUCAGCGGCCAGCACCUCAUCUCCAUGCCCAAGUUCACGGCGGAGGACUACAUCGGCGCGCUGCUGCGCCACCGGCCGACGGGGCUGGCCGCGGUGCCCGCCGUCGUGCAGUUCCUGUCCAUGCACCCCGCCGUCAAGCCCGACCACCUGGCCAGCGUGCGCUACGUCAUGAGCGGCGCCGCGCCCCUCGGCCUGGACGUCAUCAAGCGCCUCAACGACAAGGCGGGCCGCGAGCUGGACCUGCGCCAAGGGUACGGCAUGACCGAGACCGCCCCCGUGACCGUGCUGUGCUCCAGGCACACGCCGCUGGACAAGCGGGGCUCCGUGGGGCAGCUGCUGCCCGGCACGCGCGCUCGCAUCGCCGACCUGGCGACGGGGGAGGACCUGGGGCCCGGCCAGCGCGGCGAGCUGCUCAUCAAAGGCCCUCAGGUGAUGAAGGGCUACUACAAGAACGCGGAGGCGACCCGCGAGGUGGUGGACGACGAGGGCUGGCUGCACACGGGCGACGUGGCCUUCUACGACGAGGACCAGUACUUCUACAUCGUGGACCGCACCAAGGAGCUCAUCAAAGUCAAGGGCCACCAGGUGUCACCCACUGAGCUGGAGAGUAUUAUUCGUCAGAUUCCUGGCAUUGCAGAUAUUGCAGUUGUGGGAGUUCCACAUGAAAGGUUUGGUGAAGUACCCAUUGCAUUCGCAGUGCUUCAACCAGGUGCAAAGGUGACUGAAGAUGAGGUGACAUCUUUCGUAGAACCUAAAGUAGCUCCUUACAAGAAACUUGCUGGUGGAGUUAAGUUUAUUGAUGCAAUUCCAAGAAAUGCAGGAGGCAAGGUGCUACGUCAUCAACUCAAGGCAAUGGUGACAAAGUGAAGGAAAAUGAUCAAAACUUGAGUUUGGUGGUAAUACAUUUAAUGACUGCUUUGACUUCAAAACAUCAACAUCAGGUGUCAAAAACAAUGUCAUCCAAGCAACUAUGUAUUGGACAAACAAGAUAAAACAAGAAACAUUAAAUUAGAUUAUGAAAUAAUA